UAAUCAAUUGGAAAUGAAGUAAAGACGGAAAUUCUUAUGGAGCUUCGCAAGACUCCAUCUCCCGACCCUCACCCUUACACCUUUAGGGAAGCCCCUCUCUGCGCGUUGGUCCUGGGAUUUCCAGGCUAAGUCACCAGCGUUAGGGAUCCCAGUGACUUCUGGAUGCCCAGGGAGGAUCCAGGAUACUCCUGCGAGGACUGAGUGCCAGCAAGGAAGCCCAUGGACUGGGACUAGUCAUGCCAGGUGGCGGCUGCUCCACACUUCGUUUCCUUUGCACCUCUUGGAGAUACGUUAAUUUUUUACCAACCUCAUUCUUCUCAUCUCUGGGCACUUUUGCUCCCACACCCACCCCAGCUCCAUCCCCACCUGCAGCCUUUUGUACUGUAGUAUCUCUUUCCUGGACUCUGCUUUGGAGAGGGAAGCAUGCCUCUGUUGGCAGGGCUAGUUGUUUUCAGCCCUGCCACACCUCAGUUCCACUUCUGAAGGUCCCUCAAGGGCAAAGAGCCUUGGAGAAGAGGAGGAAAGAUGGGAGUAGAUUCACAUAUGAAGAUUAUCAGAACACUGCAGAAUGGCUCCUGUCUCACACCACACACCGACCUCAAGUGGCAGUGAUCUGUGGCUCUGGGCUGGGAGGUCUGACUGACAAAUUAACCGAGACCCAGGUCUUUGACUACAGUGACAUACCCAAUUUUCCCCGAAGUACAGUGCCAGGUCAUGCUGGUCGACUGGUGUUUGGCUUCUUGAAUGGCAGAGCAUGUGUGAUGAUGCAGGGCAGAUUCCAUCUGUAUGAAGGGUACCCACUCUGGAAGGUGACGUUCCCUGUGCGGGUUUUCCGGCUUCUGGGGGUGGACACCUUGGUGGUCACCAAUGCGGCUGGAGGCCUUAACCCCAAGUUUGAGGUUGGAGACAUCAUGCUGAUCCGCGACCACAUCAACCUGCCCGGUUUCUGUGGUCAGAACCCUCUCAGAGGGCCCAAUGAGGAGAGGUUUGGUGUUCGUUUUCCUGCCAUGUCCGACGCCUACGACCGGACCAUGAGGCAGAAGGCUCUAAGCGCUUGGAAGCAGAUGGGGGAGCAGCGCGAGCUCCAAGAAGGCACCUAUGUGAUGAUCGCAGGCCCCAACUUUGAGACUGUGGCCGAGGCUCGUCUGCUGCAGAAGCUGGGGGCGGAUGCUGUUGGCAUGAGCACCGUACCAGAAGUGGUAGUUGCCCGGCACUGCGGACUUCGGGUCUUCGGCUUCUCACUCAUCACUAACAAAGUCAUCUUGGAUUAUGAAAACCUGGAGAAGGCCAAUCACGAGGAAGUCCUGGAGGCUGGGAAACAGGCCGCACAGAAAUUGGAACAGUUCGUCUCCAUCCUCAUGGCUAGCGUGCCACUCCCUGGCAAUGUCAGUUGACCAGCCCUGGUGGGGUCAGGCAUCUCUGUGAUAAGAUCCAAGUCACCGCCAUCUACUUUGGCCCCUUGCUGGAGUCAUGUGCCUCUGCCCUAAGGUAGUAGCAGGAAGAGGAAGACCUUUACCCUUUACCUCCCCGCUUUGUCCCACCAGACAGUCCAGUGCCAGGUCCUCUUGCCCAGCUGUCUUCUCAAAGAAGUUUGCUUCCCUUCCUCCUGACUACCCCAGGAACUGGAGCCUGUGCCCUACCAUCCAUGCAUGGGUGUGCUCAGGAUUUGAUCUUGGCCUUUGAGCUUUGUGUAGCAGCUGCCACACAUGAGGCUCUCAUGUUCCUGGGGGUUCAAUUCUGCCCCACCUACCUCUCUAGAGACCAAACAAGGACUAGACCAGCACCUCUUAGACCUUAUUUAACACCGUAAUGUUUUGAGAAUAAAGAGGAAGAUGAAAUAA